AUGAAAAAAAAAGAAAUAGGAUUACUUCGAAUUCCUAAUCCGAUCUUUCUUCCGUCGCCAAAAAUCAAAAAGACUCGUUACACAUUUCCGCAUCAGCCAUCAAGACGAGUUCGCGUUGAUGGUUACCGUAAUGUCGCGCGACAGAUCCGAUUUUUUACACGAGAUUGUAAUCCAGAAAGAUUCUAUCUUUAUAAGAAAUAG